AUGGUUGACAUAAUAUCGCCAAAUGAUAUCAGCACAAGCAUGUUUAGAAGAUCGAAAAGAAGUUUAAAUGAAGUGUCAAUGGAAUCGGCAAUUGAUUUGAUUAAAAGAGCUCUUGAAUUUGAAGUGAAUGUCGUUGAAAUUUAUGUAGAUACAGUUGGCCCACCAGAUAAAUAUCAAGAGAAACUUAAAGCCAUUUUCCCCAAAAUCAAAAUCACUGUAACCAAAAAAGCUGAUUCGACUUAUCCAAUCGUUUCCCUUGCUUCAAUUUGUGCCAAAGUCUCACGAGAUCAUGCAUUGAAAGUUUGGAAAUUUCGUGAGGGAAUUGAAGUGCCUGAAGAUGGUGUUGGUUCAGGAUAUCCUGGUGAUCCAGUAACAAAGAGAUUUCUUCAGGAAUAUGAACCCGUCUUUGGUUUUCCACGAAUUGUCAGAUUCAGUUGGAGUACAGCAGUGAAUGCUUUGGAAGGAUCAGCUUUUGCUGUUGAGUUUGAAGAAGAAGAUCAACCGGGAAAAGAAAAAGUUGUGCUAGGCUCCAAAAAGAUGACUUCUUUCUUCAAAGCAGAAGUUCCAGUGAAGAAGUUCAAACGUCAUCAGUUUUGGAAGGAUCGGUGCAUUGAAGAUGUCACAGAUUUUUAA